AUGACCUACUCCUCGACCUGGAAGAAUGACCAACCCAGUGUACGGCCGGAGGACAAAAGGUCGACCUUGAACGAUGAUGACUUGAUGCGCACAUAUACCCGCGACCAGGAAUCUGGUCAGGAUCAGGGCCGGCCCUCUGUAUCCUACGAUGACUUCAUCGGCGCCGGCCAGUCGAGACAGCAUGGCACUGGAUCUCAACCUGGCGGCCCAGGCCAGUCUUCCUCUUCCAACAACAACAACAACAACGUGUCAGCCCCCUACAGUCGCAGCGGGCGCCAAUACAGCCAAACUUCCGAUUUGGGCAACUACCAACGAUACGCAGACGACUUUGACGACUACCCGGCCGACGGGGACUCGUUCUACCACCAGGGUGGAGCUCUCAAUGGCGGCGGCGCCGAUGCGGCCGCCCACCAUAGUGCGAGGAACCGUAACAGCGUCCUGAGCAUGGGCGGCGGCUUCUUCGGCAAGAUGAAGAACAGGCUCGGUAUGGGCCAAGGGUACUCGGAGAUGGAUCUCCCCCUGACAGAACCUGGCGGCGGCGGCGGAGGAGCAGGCGGAGGAGGUCACAGCAGAGCAGACUCGAGCGGCAUCGAGCCCCCGAAACGCGACAAGAAGUUCGACAUGGGCAACUUCAAGUUCGGCUUCGGCCGCAGCAAGCCAGAUCCAUCGACCCUGGGCCCGAGAAUCAUCCACCUCAACAAUCCACCUGCGAAUGCGGCCAACAAGUACGUCAACAACCACGUCUCUACGGCCAAGUACAAUGUCGCGACCUUCCUUCCCAAGUUCCUUCUCGAACAAUUCUCCAAGAUUGCCAACGUCUUUUUCCUCUUCACCGCCGCACUGCAGCAGAUCCCCGGCCUCUCCCCAACAAAUCGAUUUACCACGAUUAUUCCUCUCGUUGCCGUGCUCAUGGUAUCUGCGGGUAAGGAACUGGUGGAGGACUACCGCAGGAAACAGGCUGAUGCGGCUCUCAACACGUCUCGAGCGCAGGUCUUGCGCGGCUCGACCUUUGAGGAGACCAAAUGGAUCAACGUGGCUGUCGGCGACAUCGUCCGCGUCGAGUCAGAGGAGCCUUUCCCCGCAGACAUCGUCCUCUUGGCCAGUUCCGAGCCCGAAGGUCUAUGCUAUAUCGAAACCGCCAAUUUGGACGGCGAGACCAACUUGAAGAUCAAGCAGGCACUGCCCGAAACAUGCCAGAUGGUCAGCUCCAGCGAACUGAGCCGACUCGGCGGUAGGAUGAAGUCUGAACAGCCCAACAGCAGCUUGUACACGUACGAGGCCACUCUCACCAUGCAGACAGGCGGAGGCGAGAAGGAAUUACCCCUGAACCCGGAGCAGCUGCUUCUCCGCGGCGCAACCCUCCGAAACACACCUUGGAUCCAUGGUGUUGUUGUUUUCACCGGCCACGAAACAAAACUCAUGCGUAACGCGACUGCGGCACCCAUCAAGCGCACCAAGGUCGAGAAGAAGCUCAACACGCUCGUACUACUGCUUGUCGGAAUUCUUAUGGUCCUGAGUAUCAUCAGUACCGUCGGCGAUCUCAUCAUCCGGAGAGUCGAGGGUGAUGCCAUUUCAUAUCUCAUGCUCGACCAACCGGACACGGCAGGAAAGAUCGCCGAGACUUUCUUCAAGGACAUGGUCACCUACUGGGUUCUGUUUUCGUCUCUUGUUCCCAUCUCGCUCUUCGUUACGGUAGAGAUGGUCAAGUACUGGCACGGUAUCCUCAUCAAUGACGAUUUGGACAUGUACUAUGACAGGAAUGACACCCCUGCCAACUGCCGCACCUCCAACCUGGUGGAGGAAUUGGGCAUGGUAGAGUUUGUCUUCUCUGACAAGACGGGCACCUUAACUUGCAACAUGAUGGAGUUUAAACAGGCAUCGAUUGCUGGCAUUCAGUACGCUGACGAGGUUCCCGAGGAUCGGAGGGCAACAAUCCAAGACGGGGUGGAGGUCGGCCUACAUGACUAUAAGCGCCUUAAGGAGAACCGCAAGAACCACUCAUCCGCACCGGCUAUCGAUCAUUUCCUCGCCUUGUUGGCGACUUGCCACACCGUCAUCCCCGAAAAGGGCGACGAGAAGGGAGGCAAGAUCAAGUACCAAGCUGCAUCGCCGGACGAAGGUGCCCUCGUUGACGGCGCCGCCACGCUCGGCUAUACCUUUACUGACCGCAAGCCCAAGGCCGUCUUCAUUGAGGUCGACGGCCAGACUCUCGAGUACGAACUCUUGGCGGUUUGCGAAUUCAACUCUACGCGAAAGCGCAUGUCCACCAUCUACCGGUGCCCCGAUGGCGUCAUCCGCGUCUACUGCAAGGGUGCCGACACAGUCAUCCUCGAACGCCUGAAUGAGAAUAACCCUCACGUUGAACAAACCCUGACGCACCUGGAAGAAUAUGCUUCGGAAGGUCUGCGAACACUCUGCCUUGCCAUGCGUGAGGUUUCCGAGCAGGAGUUUCAAGAAUGGAACCAAGUAUACGAGAAGGCGGCUACUACAGUCGGCGGCAACCGUGCGGAUGAGCUCGAUAAGGCCUCUGAGAUGAUCGAACACGACUUCUUCCUCCUCGGCGCCACAGCCAUUGAGGAUCGUCUUCAGGACGGCGUCCCCGAGACUAUCCACACUCUCCAAGAGGCCAACAUCAAAGUCUGGGUCCUCACUGGUGAUCGGCAAGAGACGGCCAUCAACAUUGGCAUGAGUUGCAAACUUCUUUCCGAGGAGAUGAUGCUUCUCAUCAUCAACGAAGAAUCCGCCGCGGCGACUCGUGACAAUAUCGAAAAGAAGCUCGAGGCCAUUCGCGCUCAAGGUGAUCGGACCAUUGAGCUCGAGACGCUUGCUCUUGUCAUCGACGGCAAGUCCUUGACGUAUGCUCUCGAGAAGGAUCUCGAGAAGAUGUUCCUGGAUCUUGCCAUCAUGUGCAAAGCAGUCAUUUGCUGUCGUGUUUCGCCCUUACAAAAGGCCCUGGUUGUCAAGCUCGUCAAGAAAUACCAGAAGGAGUCCAUCCUGCUGGCCAUUGGUGACGGUGCAAAUGAUGUCUCAAUGAUCCAGGCCGCUCAUAUCGGUGUCGGCAUCAGUGGUGAGGAGGGUUUGCAGGCCGCUCGCAGUGCCGAUGUCUCAAUCGCCCAGUUCAGGUUCUUGAAGAAGCUUCUCCUCGUUCACGGCGCGUGGAGUUAUCAGCGUGUGGCCAAGACCAUUCUGUACUCGUUCUACAAGAACAUUACUCUGUACAUGACACAGUUCUGGUACACUUUCCGCAACGUCUUCUCAGGUGCGGUCAUUUACGAAUCGUGGACACUCACCUUUUACAACGUCUUCUAUACCGUUCUUCCUCCCCUGGCCCUCGGUAUUCUUGAUCAGUUCAUCUCGGCGCGCCUCCUCGAUCGGUACCCUCAACUGUACAGCAUGGGCCAGCAGAACCAGUUUUUCCGUAUGAAGGUGUUCAUCGAAUGGCUUCUCAACGCCGUCUACCACUCCAUCAUCCUUUACGUCUUUGGCGAGCUCAUCUGGCACGGCGACCUGAUACUCGAGAACGGUCAGAUCGCCGGCCACUGGAUGUGGGGUACCGCCCUCUACGCGCCCGUCCUCCUCACGGUCCUCGGCAAGGCCGGCCUUGUCACCAGCAACUGGACCAAGUACCAUGUCAUUGCCAUUCCCGGCUCCAUGGCCAUUUGGUGGAUCUUCAUCGCUGUCUACGGCACAGUCGCCCCUAUGAUCCCCUUUUCUCCCGAGUUCCACGGCAUCGUUCCCAAGCUGUACAGCAGCCCCAUCUUCUGGCUUCAGACCUUUGCUCUUGCCCUCCUGUGCUUGCUGCGGGAUUUUGCGUGGAAGUACCCAAGCGCAUGCGGACGAGAGUCAGGCACGUGUGCUUCAGGCCUACGAUACGACGCAGAACCGUGGUCGAUACGGCGAGAUGACGAGCUCGCGGCCACAAGGACAGGGAACUUGAGCGCGUCAGACUCAAGGGUGGUGAGGAGCAGAAUAUGUACAAGUUAA